AUGGGUCGGUUAGAGUUUGGAGGGAGACAAACGCAUCUCUGUGUAGCCCAGUUCUUCUCUGCUGGACUGGCCUAUAGUGAGUGUUAUCUAUUGGCCACCAUGGCUUACGACUGCUAUGAAGCCAUUUCCAACCCCCUUCUUUAUGCACAGGCCAUGUCAAGGAGAUUGGGCAUCUGUUUGGUUAUAUAUUCCUAUACUGGAGGUUUUGUCAACGCAGUAAUACUCAGCAGCAACACAUUCACAUUAGGUUUUUGUGGCAAUGAUAUCAUUGACUACUUUUUCUGUGAUGCCCCACCUCCGGUGAAGUUGGCAUAUGACGUGAAAGAGAGCUACCAGAAUGUGCUGUACUUUCUCCUGGCCUCCGAUGUCAUUACCCACACUGCGCUCACACUCACCCCCUAUCUCUUCAUCAUCGCCGCCAUCUUGGGGAUCUGCUCCACCCAGACACCGCAAAGCCUUCUCACAUGCUCCUCCCACCUGAUCUCUGUCAGCUUAUACUAUGGCUCCAUUCUCUACAUCUACCCUCACCCAAGUUCCAGCUUUUCCCUUGAGGACAAAAUGGUGUCUACAUUUUAUACUGUGCUGUUCCCCAUGUUGAAUCCUAUGAUCUGUAGUCUAAGAAAUAAAGAUGUGAAAGAAGCUAUGAAAAAGCUCUGCAGGUUCAUAUUAUCUGAAGUUUAA